AUGGGAGGCUCUCAGUCCACUCCAAACGAAUCUGAAAGACUUCUUGAUAAACCAUGGAGAGAUAUUGAAUGGACUAAAAAGAGAAAGGAAAAACUGUUAAAUGAAAUCAAGAGGUACAAGCCCAGUGUCAGUUCAGUGAAACAGGCACGGAUUCUGCUAGUUGGCCCGAUUGGUGCUGGAAAGUCCAGCUUUUUCAACUCCAUCAACUCUGUCUUUCAUGAACAUAUUACCAGCCAAGCUGUGACAGGCACCACUUUAGAAAGCAGCGUGACCCUCAAGUUUCGCGCUUACCAGAUUGAGGCAGGUCAAGACGGUGAACCUCUACCAUUCAUCCUGUGUGACACCAUGGGACUAGAGGAGGGCCCAACAGAAGGGCUGAAUAUUGAAGAGAUUCCUAACAUUCUGAACGGUCAUAUUGAAGACAGGUACCAGUUCAGUCCUCUAUCACCUCUCAAAGACAGCAGUGCCAGCAAUCCAGAGAAACUGGAAGACAAGAUCCACUGUGUUGUAUAUGUUCUUGAUGUAUCCAAAAUGGGACUCAUUCCAGACGAACUGAUUGACAAAAUUCGUGCAGUUCGAAAGAAAGUCAAUGAAUUUGGUGUUCCUCAGGUGUUGCUUCUGACGAAAGUGGAUCAAACAUGCCCCCCCGUGGAGAAAGACAUACAGAAAGUGUAUCACAGUGUAUACCUGCAAGCAAAGAUCAAGGAUGCAAGUGCUCGUCUGGGCAUACCACUGCUUUCUGUGUUUCCAGUGAAAAACUACACCCGCGAGGUGGAGCUUCAGCAAAAUGAUGACAUCUUGCUACUUAGCGCUCUUCAGAAAAUACUUCAUUUUGCUGAUGACUACAUGAGGGACAUGAAUGACAAAAAACUUGUAAGACGUCUUGAAGAACCAUGGAGGAAAAUUGUGUGGAAAUCAGAGACAAAGAAUAUGCUGAUAAAUGAAAUCAAGGGGUACAAGCCCAGUAUCAGUUUAGUGAGUCAGGCACGGAUUCUGCUGGUUGGUCCUGUUGGUGCUGGAAAGUCCAGCUUCUUCAACUCCAUCAGCUCUGUCUUCCAUGGUUAUGUCACCAGCCAAGCCAUAUCAGGCAGUUCUGGUGAUGGUGUGACAACCCAGCUUCUUCCUUUCAGGAUUAAAGCAGGCGAAGAUGGCAAGCCACUCUCAUUCAUUGUGUGCGACACCAUGGGGUUGAAAGCGGCUCCAGGUGAAGGAGUGCAUGUUGAAGACAUUUGCAACAUUCUGAAGGGGCAUGUUCCUGACCGGUAUCAGGGUCUCAAGUGGUUCAGAGUCUAUCCUGGAAGCAGAAACUGUGAUGCAGGAUCCAAUGUUGUUUGCUCUUGUUUCAACUGUUUCAACAACUCCAAAUCAGCGAAACUGCAAAACAAGAUCCACUGCGUAGUAUAUGUGAUAGAUGCUUCUAAAGUCACAGACAUGCCUGAGCAGCUGAUGAAAAAAAUUGCUGCUAUUCGACAGAAUGCCAAUGAGAUUGGUGUCCCCCAGCUACUGAUCCUGACCAAGGUGGAUGAAGCAUGUAUUUAUGUGGAGAAGGACAUACAGGAUGUGUAUCGCAGUCCAUAUAUACAAGAGAAGAUCCACAAGGUGAGUGAUCAACUGGGCAUACCAGUGUCUUGUAUAUUUCCAGUAAAGAACUAUACCCAUGAGACUCACCUGAAGGAUAACUGUGACAUCUUGCUGCUGAGCACUCUUCAGGAAAUUCUCCAUUUUGCAAACAGUUACUUUAGCAAUAUCUGA